UCCCAUCACUACUGUUCCCUUGGCGAUUCGUUGUGGUAUUGUUUUUUAUCUUGUAAAGUACUUUUAUAUAGUUUAUUCGUCGUUAUGUGAUUACGGGAAUCUGUUUUAGUAUGUAAAGUGUAUAAUAAAUUCGAAAUUAUUGUGUGGUUUAGGCUAACGAGAAUUUAACGCGUUGGUAUAUUAGUGGAUGUAUACAAUAUGCCUGUGGCACUAGUAGACAGGCUGCCCUUGCCGAACCUCAAGGUUUACACUGCGGGAAGUGUUUUGUUGCUCUCUGUGGCAGUGUUCCAUGCAGUUAGUGUGACGAGUGAUCCUAAUUGGAGAGCGCACACGUCUCUGCAGCGGCAGAAAGUGAUGGCAGGAGAGGGUGAUGCUGAUGUGGUAAAAGUGAUGCAAGAAGUGAGAACGUCUUCCCUAAACAUGUCCACCAACGGCACCCGGAACCUCACUGAACAGUUUGUUGAAGUUAUGACGUUCAUGAUGCAGGAACCAUUAUGUAUGUGGACCGUUAUCAACAUAGCGUACUGUGGGCUCGCACUGUUUGGGUUUGUGGUGCAGCGCCUGGUCUUCGGGCGGUUGCGCGUGGCGGAGGCGCAGCGGGUUAAAGACAAACUCUGGAACUUCGUCUUCUACAAGUUUAUAUUCGUGUUCGGCGUGCUCAACGUGCAGUACAUGGACGAAGUGCUCCUCUGGUGCACGUGGUUCACGCUGCUCGGCUUUCUGCACCUGCUCGCGCAACUCUGCAAGGAUAGGUUUGAGUAUCUGUCCUCGUCCCCCAACACCUGGUGGUGGGCGCACGCGCGCCUGCUCGGGCUGCUGUGCUUCAUCCAGGUCGCCUGCUGCUGCCUGCUGGCGGGCGCGGUGCUCGCCGGACUGCCGGCCACUCGGGACACCUUCGCAUUCAUGGCUGCUGAGUGCGCGCUGGUGGUGGUGGGCGCGCUGCACGUGGCGGCGCGGUACGUGCUGCAGGCCGCCAGCGUGGACGCCGCGGAGCCGCUCGCCUACUACACGCAUCUCUGCUUCGACUCGGUGGCGCUGGGCGUGGAGCUGGCGCACGUGGUGCACAUGGUGGUGUACAGCAACAUGCUGGUGUCCAUGGCCUCGCUGGUGCUGCUCAUGCAGCUGCGCCACCUGCUGCACGCGCUGCAGGCGCGCCUGCGCCGCCACCGCCUCUACACCGCGCUCGCCUCGCACAUGAGCCGCAAUUACCCGAUGGCCAGCAAGGAGGAGGUGGAGAAGAACCAGGACAACUGCGCCAUCUGCUGGGAACCGAUGAAGGAGGCGCGUAAACUGCCCUGCUCACAUCUGUUCCACAACUCGUGCCUGUGCCAGUGGGUGCAGCAGGACGCGUCGUGCCCCACGUGCCGCCGCGCGCUGGACGCGGGGGCGGGCGCGGGGGCGGGGGCGGGGGCGCAGGGGGCCGCCGCGGGGGCGGGGGCGGGGGCGCUGCGCCUGCUGGACGACGGGCCGCCGCCGCCGCCGCCCCGACAUCCCGGCCAGCUGUUCCACUUCGACGCGUGUGCGCACGUCGCCGUGUGGGGCGCGCCGCCGCCGGAUGCCGGACGCCGGCAUAUGGAAUCUGACCGGUUGGCACUAUUAUAUUUAUCCAGAAGGUCUCGCUACGUGUCGUGGCUGCCCAGUUUCUCUGUGGAGGUGACGCGAGUACGCAUGGAGCCCCUCGCCGGCUCGCAGAUUGACGCCAUGGUCCGGCAGGUGCAGGCGAUGUUCCCGCAGUACGGCGCGGGCGUGCUGGCGGCCGAGCUGGCGCACACGCGCUCCGCCGCGCUCACCAUCGACAACAUCCUCGAGGGGCGCCUGCCCCCGCCCCCGCCCCCCACACCCGCCCCCACACCGCCAGGUCUCUACACGCCACUUCAACAGUUACUUACAGUACACAGUGGACGCUCGGAAUGGUCGCAGGGGGAAAGUCUGUUAAAAAAUAAGACCCCGACUUGCAUUGUUUUUACUCGGAUGCCGAACGUGUGA